UCUCAUUCAGACAUCCUCAAAACUUCCCAUUUCAAACAAAAAGCCCUACCUUUUCACAUAGUUACUGUGUGUGUGUUUUCUUCAAUCCUUUUGCUGUGAUCAUGGCUGACGAAGUAGUUUACCAUCAUGCCCCCAAGACCGAAGACCACUGCGAAAGCACCAACGUCGUGAAGACGGAGAACGAAGAUGUCGAGAAAUCGGACCGUGGGUUGUUUGAUUAUUUCGGAAAGAAAGACGAAAACGACAAGUGCGCAGAGGCCGAGAUCGCAUCCGAUUGCAAAGACGAAAACAAAGAAGAGAAGAGCGAAAGCCUCCUUGAGAAACUCCAUAUAUCCGAUGGCAGUUCUUCCAGCAGCUCGAGCGAAGACGAGUGUGAAGAUGGAGAGAAGAAGAAGAAGAAGAAAAAGAAAGAUAAGAACUUGAAGGAAAAGGCCGAGAAGAAACUCGAAGAAGAGAAGGUGAAGAUCGCUGUGAAGAUCGAAGAGGGUAAAGAGAAAGUUGAAGAAAUCAAAGAGAAAAUCCACGAGAAGAUCGAAGAGCACAAGGAGAAGAAGAUCGAAGAACACAAGGACGACGACACAUGCGUCGUCCCCGUCGAGAAGUACGAGGAAGCGGCGGUGGUGCCACCGUCGUCACACCACCACGAAUCACCACCAGCACCACCAUGUGAAGUUGUUGUCCACCCACCGGAGCCAAGCUGUGAACCUGAAGAGAAAAAGGGGUUCAUUGAGAAGAUCAAGGAGAAACUUCCCGGCGGUCACAAGAAGGCCGAAGACGACUACGCCGCUCCACCACCACCACCACCGGUGACAGCGGUGCCGGCGGAACACUACGUGGAUGCUGAAAGUGAGCAUAAGGAGAAAAAGGGUAUUCUUGAAAAGAUCAAGGAGAAGCUUCCAGGGUAUCAUUCCAAGAGUCAUGAGGAGGAAAAGAAGGAAAAGGAGUGUGAUUAAGCCUAAGAAAACAUGGUUUAUUUGGUUGGUGGUGUUGUUUUGAUUUGAUUUGAUUUGAUUUGCUUUGUGAAUGUUUAUUGCUUUCUAAGUGUUUUUUUUCCCUUUUUGAAUAACAUUUUCAUGUUCUUGGUUAGGGGUAUUUCUGGAAUUUCAAAGGGUUUUAUGCU